AUGGACGAUGAGAAGCAAAACUUUUGGAAAGAAGGCAUCACCAAAGAGGACCUGCUGAGGCUAUGUUGGCUGAGGCACCACCAGCAAGGCCUCAACAAGGUUCCAAGAAGAGGAACAGAGCUUAAGAAGGUUCUUGUGCGACCUCACACUGAUCUCUCGGAGCAGAAAUCAACAGAGCAGGAGAAGGAGGCCUCGGUGACGAAAGGUGAAACGGAAAAGCGAAAAGCUGAAGAGAAAGUUGCAACAGACUCCUUCAGUGACAUGAGGCCUGUCACUCCUGAGGUGCGUGCACUGCUCUACGAUGGAUGCUCUAAGGAAGAGAAAGGGAGAUACCAAUACCUAAAGGCACGGACAAAGAAAGGGCCCAGUGAAAAAUAUAACCAUGCCAUUACCUCCUCCUGGGAGUAUGGCUGGAGAUUAGGUGAGAGAAUGUCAGCAAGGCACAGUUAG